UUCUGACUAUUGCCGGAAUGAUUUCUGCACUCCUGACACAGGCUCUGCUGUGCAGUGUCUGGUGUCCUGUGGCAUCUACAACUAUCUUCAGUCUAGCUCCUAACCAGUUAUUCACAAUGGAUGCCCUCAAUGGUGCUGCUGAAACUGAAGAUCCUAAACAAGCAUCUACUGUUCUCCCUGGUCCAGACCGGGGGAGAAAUGAAACUGAUCCAGUCGCAGAUGUUGGAACUCAAGUAAGUUCCCAGCAUGCUGUAACACCCCCAGCAACCUCUCUCUUUAACAAUGAGGCUGGGGGAGUGGAAAAUAACAUUAACCUUCAAGAGCUGAAGCCCACUUCUACUGGCCCUAUACAACCAGUCAUUUCAGAAGAAUUUACCAACACAAACACUGAGAACACUUUUGCAGUAACAAUUGAUCCUAGAGGAGAGGAGGAAAACGAUACCAUCUUAAUCCCAUUACUUGGUGCUAAUGAAAGCAUUGUAUUUGAUCACUUUGCUUCUUUCUCCAUUAAUACACCAAAGGAAAACAGAAGUGCAACAGAAAAACAGUGCUUCUGUGACAGUCCUGAGCCUGAAGGACAAAAGGGAGAACGGGGUGAAAAAGGGGAUCCAGGUAACCCAGGGAAAAAAGGACUACAAGGGCCCUUGGGAGAAACUGGACAACAAGGACUAAAGGGAGAAAAGGGUAAUCAAGGAUCCAAAGGUGAUCUAGGUAAACCAGGGCCUCCUGGUCAGAAAGGAGAACAAGGUCGGUCUUCUUCCUGUCCAAACAGCAAUAAAGGUGAUGCUGGAAGCACUGGUUCUAGAGGUCCUCAAGGACUUAAGGGAGACAAAGGCGAGUGUGGAAAAUUGGGUCCAAAAGGUGAUGUUGGACAGAGUGGGAGUCCUGGAGAAAAGGGACAUGGAGGAGAAAGAGGGCAAACAGGUAAGAGGGGACCAAAGGGAUAUGCAGGGCCACCAGGAGUCCGCGGGACUCCAGGUCUUAAAGGGGAUGCUGGGGUUUAUGGAAAAAUGGGUCAUCCUGGAAAACAUGGACUAUCUGGACUUCCAGGACGGAAAGGAGAAAAAGGACAGAAGGGAGACUGCAAAGAAAGUGACAUCACAGCUUUCUCCAUUGGUCUUCAAAAAAGAAACAGCUUCCCACCACCAGGGUCUCCAGUGAGAUUUGAUAAAAUUUUCCUUAAUGAAAAUGAAGCAUAUAAUGUGGAGUCAGGUGUGUUUGUAGCCAGCACUGGAGGCAUCUACUUUUUCAGUUACCACAUGAGUGUUUCCAGCAAAUCACUGAGGGGUGCACUUUUCCACAAUGGUAAAAGAAUUCUACAAAUGUCCAGUGUAAGACCUGUCAAACAAGCUGCAUAUAAUGUGUAUCAGGUUUCUGGAUCUAUAUUGAUUCAUCUUAAUGAAGAUGAUAAAGUUUGGCUCCAGAUUUUGAAUGCAUCUCAAAAUGGUCUGAUAGCUGAUGAAACCACUGAUUCUGUAUUUUCAGGUUUUCUGGUAACAAGUGGAAGUGAAACCAUCUCUAGAGAAACUUUCUGUGUCUCCUUUAUUGAACUGGCUCCUGGCAUUAUAUCAAAUAUAUUCAAACUGUUCAAAUAUGUUUCCAAAACGCCACCCAAAGGCCUGCUUUUGCAAACAGCUCCUCUUUGGCAUAGUGGGUUUCUGCAUGAAUUGCAUCACGUAGGCCAGAAACUCCUAAAUUGUUGUUGGCAGACGCCUCGUGGUCUGGGAGGUGCUAACUGUGUACAUGAUGCUGGCUCUUCUCCUGGUUUGCAGCUAGAGAAACCGAACAAAUGGAAGGCUACAAAAAUGUGGCGUUUACCUUGGCACAGCGCCACCUUCAUUAUACUUAUUGCUGCUGCUGUUCGCACAGAGGCGAAAGCUACCCUGGCUGAAAAGUUUACUAAGAUAAAGUCUCCAGAGAUAGAGGUCACUGAUGGCUUUGACACAUCCAUUGUGCCACCCACUGAAGAAAGUCCGUUCACAGAAAUAUCGGAAACAAGCGAAAUGCCAGUGGAGUUAUCCACGCUGAACUCGGCCUUCAGAACGGCCACCACUCUGUUUCCCUUUGAAAACUUUACUCUUGACACAGCCGAUUUCUUUUUUAAUUGCUGUGAUUGCUGUACCCCUGUGUCAGGUCAGAAAGGGGAACCAGGAGAGCAUGGACUGCCAGGUCCUAAAGGAGAGAUGGGAGACACUGGCCCUCAGGGCCUACCAGGAAUUCCUGGACUUCAAGGUCCAAAGGGCUUCAAAGGAGACAAGGGAGAUAAAGGAGAACAUGGUGACCAAGGAACAAAUGGAAUUCCAGGGUAUCCAGGCAAACCUGGAGAACAAGGUGAAGCUGGAGUUAAAGGAGAUAAAGGAAACUCUGGCCUUCCUGGAAUGAAGGGACAGAAGGGAGUGAAGGGGGACACUUGUGAGAAUGGGACCAAAGGAGAGAAGGGAGAAAAGGGAGAGCUGGGCUUACAGGGGCUAGAUGGGGAAAAUGGAGAUAAAGGGGAAAAGGGAGACCUGGGCAAAAAGGGGGAUUGUGGGGAGCCAGGGGAGAGAGGAGAGAGGGGGGGGAAAGGGGAAGCUGGAAUAAAAGGGGAAAAAGGCAGCAAAGGAGACACUGGAGUUGAGGGUAUUCCUGGAAUGAAUGGACAACAGGGAGAAAAGGGUGAGCCAGGAAGUAAGGGUGAAAAAGGGGACUUGGGACCAGCUGGUGUGAUGGGACCCCUAGGACCAAAGGGAAAUCCUGGUAGUAAAGGGGCACGAGGAGCUAGUGGAAAGAAAGGCUCCAGAGGUAUCAAAGGCUCCAAGGGUGAUAACUCAAAAGUCCGAAGAUCAGCUUUCAGUGCUGGCUUGUCAAAGUCUUUCCCUCCACCAAAUGUCCCUAUUAAAUUUGACAAGAUUUUGUACAAUGACCAGGAAGAUUAUAAUCCUUCUACAGGCAAGUUCAAUUGCAGCAUUCCUGGAGCGUAUGUCUUUGCUUAUCACAUGACGAUCAGAGGGCGGCCUGCUCGAAUUAGCAUUGUGGCACAAAACAAGAAGAUAGUCAAAACCCGUGAAACACUUUAUGGUCAAGAGAUAGACCAGGCAUCUUUCCUGAUCAUUUUGAAAUUAAAUGCAGGGGAUCAGGUUUGGUUGGAGGUUGGACGGGAUUGGAAUGGGAUCUAUGUCAGUGCUGAAGAUGACAGCAUAUUUACAGGGUUUCUUUUGUAUCCAGAUGAUAGUUUUGAGACCCUUGCAUAAAUAUAUGAUGAUAAACAAACGACUAAGAAACAUAACAUUUAUUUCACUCUGAUUGUCAGUAGGAGGUGGAGGGAGAAGGAUGAAGGAGAAAGAAAGUGUCACUUUAGUGAAAUAGAUGUCAUAAUCUUUCUAUACAAAUAUUUAUAUUUGUAAUAAACUGAUUAAUUUUAACUAAAGAGCCCCAAAAGAUACAGCCACCCUCUAUGAUGAGGCCUAAUUGUCAUGAUCAUAUAAGGAAAUAUUACCCAAAUGCAUUCAGGAAAAUAUAGAUCCCAAAGAGAUUUUAUUUAUACUUCAGACCCAUGCUAGAUCAUCAAA